AGUAAGCACAAUUGAGACUAGCAUUUUGUAUCACGAGCGUCAUACGGAAUACUCCAUCACCAGCUAUCUCAAGAAAACGAAAAGGACGUAUUUACCUCCCUGUCACAUAUCCCUCGAAAUGUCUACAAAUACGUUGCCUAGUCCAGGGCGUCCAACUUUCGGUGUCGAGAUCGAGUUCCUUAUAGCCACUCUUUUCCAGGGGGCUGCCGAUCCUGACGAGGGGGUCAAAGAUCUUCCGCCAGUCUUGAGAAUCCCCAACAAAAACCUCACAGAUCGACACAGGUAUGUUAACGACCGAGUUAAAGAGGUAUUAGAUGAGUUUUUACCCCCUCGCUCGUCGGUGACAACUGUCGGUGACGAAUCCACACGUAACAUCUUACAAGAUUACAGUCAAUGGGACGUUGACGUUGACGCAUCAGUUGGUCAGGUAGGGAAUAGUCCCUACAUGCUUGUUGGUCUAGAGAUGCUCGGUCAAUAUUAAGUGCGGGUUACACGUUCACGUUGGGGCAGUAUCGGAAUUAUUAUCCCUUGAACAGAUGCGUCGACUUGCUAGUCUAGUGUACGCCACCGAACCUCUUCUAUACAGCCUCCACGACCCUAUUCGAAGAGGAAACUAUUAUUGCCUACCCCUGCAGGACUAUGCGGCCAUAGGAUAUCCUAGAAGAGCAGGAGCUAUGGAGCUAAAGGGUCAUGAAGUUGCUUAUGGUCAUGGAGAGUAUAUGGAAGGAAAUUUGCUAUGUUCGUCCUACACAGGGAGAGACCGGCGCCACGGUGAGGAACCGUUGUCGGCAAGGGAGCAGCAUAAGGAUCCUUCCUUUGUCGAAGCUUUCUUGGCAACGAGGGAAAGCGGCCAUUUCGAACCGUUUACCACGCGAGGUAAGUCCAGCAGAAGCGUAAACCUUCUCCCAGAUGUCUCCAACGAGGUAAAUCCCCAUGUCUCGACGGCACAGGUAAGUUCACUACAGCCCCCGCUAGAGCCAGCUAGACAACGCAACAUCCCGCGUCUGCGAAUGCCUAAGUUAAGUAAAGAGGAUCAUCUAAAAAUGCAAGAUAUGACCAUCCGAACAGGGUCUCGUAUCCCCAUGUCCAUGGUAAAUAAUCUUCUCGAACGCGGCCCUGCUCCGAGUGUUUUUGAGAGCGUGGGCCGCGUUUACUCCCAGCCGGCCACCUGUCAGAUAAGCAGGCUUCUAUCAUCAGAAGAACGACCCGGGGUACACAUUAUGGGCCACGAUUGUUACUGGUCUGAUAGCAUCCCGUCACGGCGCACGAUAGAAUUUCGGUUUGGAGAAGGAUCUGUUGAUGCCGAGUGGAUCACCACUUGGGCCAAGAUAUGUGUGGGCGUUUUCAGGUUCGCGCUCAAUGCAUCGGUUAGUCAAUUCAUCGAUGUUCUGACAAAGUGCGACAGGGCGAUGAAAGAGGACGGCAGCUACGACGUUGUUGAUCUGCUUGAUGAUAUCGGCCUGUUCGCCGAGGCGGAGAUUGCUGAAAGGAGACUGAUUGCUAAUCGGUAUCGAUGGAAACUCUCGUUUGAUGAACCCGAGCAUGAGUUACUCUUCGCUAGUGCACUAUCUUAGAGCGGCAUGCGAGAGUAUAAUCCCAUCUUGUCUAUCUCUGUCAAGAGCUAUCUGUCGUGCCACCAUAAAAAGGUAGAGUGUUUUUAUUUUC